GGCUGCAGCGUAAACGUCGCUGGUCUGCGCUGAUUGGCCAGAAACACCGGAAGUGCUGUGCUUUUUUUCUGUGUUUUUACCACUACCUACACACCUCAGCCAGCCGUCAUUAAACCAUAGUCCAUCAUCUGAACCGUGUCGUUUACAACACGCAUUGAAAAUACGAAAUUCAAAUGGUGAUAACAUGAAGAAAUCUACCAAGAACUCUUUGCUAAACAAAGCAAAAAGAGAGGAGGAACACCACGAUGUGGUGAAUCUGACGUGUGAAAAUGGAUCAGAGUUCGAUGGGAAAGAAGAGCAAGACGGCAGUGAGGUUUACACUAAUUCACAUGGUCUUAACAUCCAAAUCAAAGAAGAACCACAUUUGCAGGAGAUCAGUGAGGAGAACAACGACAGAGACAAGUCAAGGUGUUUAGACGCUAAGCCUGACGCUGUGAAAUCCAGGUCAAAAGGUCAGCAUCAACAGGGACACAUAAAGGACGAGUGUGAUUCUGACCAGUCUGAUCGGUCAGAAUAUGAAUUCACUGGAGCUGCUGUCAAGGAGGAGUCAGAGUCGUGGAUUAAAGUGGAAAAGGACAUUAAAGAGGAGCCAGAGGAUCCAGACGACAUCCAGGAGGAUAAUGGAGAAGGAGAUGAGUUCUACAAAGACUCAUCAUCUGACUUUUAUCCGUGCCCUCACUGCACCGUCUCAUUUACUGACUUGGACUUCUUGGAGAAGCAUGUCAAGUGGGUCCAUCAAAAAGAGUAUCUGGCCAAUUUAAAAAAAUGCCUUUCAAGCCGGACACUAAACCUCAUCCCUAAAUACACCUGCACAGUCUGCAGCACCACCUUUACCUCCAAAGUCCACCUCAGGGUCCACGUACGUGAAACCCAUCCUUCUGCUCCUCCUCGCAGGCUCCACCCCUGCCCUACCUGUGCACGCAGCUUCCAGUACCUCAAGAAUUUGAAGAAUCACUGCCAGCGUUGGCACAACAUGUCUGUGGUGACUAGAGGAGGGCACCUCAGCUGUGCAGACUGUGGGAAGAGCUUCAAAGCUACCUGGGGUCAGGGGCCUCAUUUGUGUCAUGAGCCAGACAACACGGAACAUGAAGAUAAACCAGUUUGUCUAGACACAGGGGUGCAGUGUCCAGAGUGUGGCAAAAAGGUGUGCACACCUCAAAGCCUGGAGGAUCACAUGCGCACCCACACGGGCGAUCGCCCAUUUGUUUGCAAAGACUGUGGCAGGAGGUUUGUGGAGCGCAGUGGGUGGCGGCAGCACAUGAAGAUACACACAGGGGAGAAGAACUACAAAUGCCAGGUGUGUGAGAAGGCCUUCUUAAGAUCACACCACCUGAAGUGCCACCUUACCACACACUCUGGCAAGAAGGAAUAUUCCUGCUCUGAAUGUGGAAAGGAGUUUGGAUUCAAGUCCAGUCUGGAUCUUCACCUGAGGACGCACUCCAGUGAGAAACCCUUUCAUUGCAACGUGUGCGGGAAGAACUUUAACACCAAGAGAAACCUGAGGGUACACUCCAAAGUUCACACCAAUGAAAAAGCUCACCAGUGUGGAGACUGUGGGCUGAAGAUCGGAGACCUUGGGACUCUGAAAAUACACCUGCGGACUCACACUGGAGAAAGGCCUUACCACUGCACAGUCUGCGGCAGUAGGUUCAUUCGUCUCGCACACUUGAGGAACCACCAACGCACCCACACUGGGGAGAGACCGUACAAAUGCAAUGAAUGCGACAAGAGUUUUACUCAGUCUGGUGACCUGGUAAAGCACAAGAGGAUACACUCUGGGGAAAAGCCGUUUGAAUGCCCAGACUGCCACAGAUGUUACACCUCCUCUGGUGAUCUGGGUAAACACCGGAGAAGCCACACCAACCUGCGUCCCUACACAUGUCAAGAAUGUGGAAAAAGCUUCCGCUUGUCGGGGCAUCUGAAAAGUCACAUGUUAACUCACACAGGGGAAAAACCGUACUGCUGCCCGAACUGCCUCCGCAGGUUUGCUCGUUCACACCAUCUUUCCGGGCAUGUGGCUAAAUGUCGCUGAAAAUGUCUGAAAAUCUGCCACUAAGCUACUCCUGGUUUAAAGAGGAGGUAAUGGGAACUGUAUACAUGCUAUUAAAUAUUUAAAUUAUUGAAUAAAAGUAAAAAAAAUUAUCUGUAAAUCUUGGAUUACAUGAACUUUCUGUAACCGUAUGGAUUCAGAUGACUGUUCUAACUUAUUAUGAAAAGUAAACCGGAUUAUUUUUAUUGCACGGACCCAUUGAGAAGCACUACAUCAGACCUUGUACAUGUUCAACAUUGUUUUUUAAACUAUUGUAAUGGAGGUUUGAAGACAUGGUGUAUGACAAGAUGAUAAUGAAAUAUUUGUCAUCUUUGAUUAUUACUGUCUGUAAAAAAUAUAGUCAAUAGUUAAAGGGUGCAUGAUUACCAAGUGCAAUGCUUCCGUGUGUUAAGUUACUAAAGAGGGGAAUUAAUUCAUAGAAUUAAAUAAGAUAAUCUUUAUUCAUCCCACAGUGGGGAAAUUUAUUUCAAUUCAGUUAAAUGAAUAAGCACAGUUUCUACAUCUAUAAUGUUAACAUAUUUUAUCCAAAUUAUUUCUUGAGUAUUAUUAAUUACAUGAAAAAAUGAUUCAAAUGGUUAAGUGGACCCUGAGUUGGAAUCAAAACAAAGAUGGCGGCUCAACGGUUACAGUCAAAGUUGGCCUUGCAUCCAAGAGAGAAUUGGAACUUUGGAAAUAAAUAGUUAAAGCAA